AGAUACAACGGAGUGGUUUGAAGCUUAACUUGGUGAUCUACAAUAUCCUUAUUGAUGGAAUGUGCAAGUUUGGGAAGAUUCAAGAUUCAAAGGAACUAUUUUCCGGAUUGCCUAAUAAAGGGUUUCAGCCUAAUGUUUAUACAUACGACUCAUUAAUUGAUGGACCCCUCCG